AUGAAAUUCGGAGUGGAGUUUGCUUCCCGGUCAGUGUCGAGAUGGAGAAACUACAACAUUGAUUACAAUCUGCUCAAGACGCUCAUCCGAGAGGCGACUUCAGGCUUCGAGGACUCUUCCUCGAGCGACAACUCCACGGCAACGCUCACGGAGCACCAAAAGAAGCUGCUACAGAAGCUGUACAAGAAUUUCAAGGACCAGAUCGACUUUGCGUCAUUGUUUGUGUUCUCAAAAGUCGGCGAGAUUUCCCGCCGGUUGUCUAUGUUGAAAAAGCAGUGCAACAUCUUCAUCAAGUCUGAGACCGAGUACACGGCGGAGCACCCACAGUCCGACGUAUCUCUGCGGCUGCGCAAGCGGAAACUACUCCUGUUCCACAAGGAGUUGGAUUCGAUCACCAAUGAGCUCCAGGACUUAUCCCGCUUCAUCCUCUUGCAGAAGAUCGCAGUCAAGAAGCUCUUGAAGAAGUUUGUCAAGUACUCCUCCUACCCGCAGAAGCAGUCCUUUGUCGACAAGAUCACUACCAAAUUCUUGGUGGAAAACCCGAAGUCUUUCAUCCAUUUGAGCUUGGACGAUCUCGCACUAGAGACAACCCUCUUGUACGACUUCCUGGACACUUUCCUAACUACCUGCACCGCAGAGAGCAACCAGCGAAAACAUCGCCAUUCCUCAAUACAUACAAUUGACUCUCUACAGUUGGUCACGCAGAGCUAUUCUAUCAACGGGAGCGGACCUCAGAAAGACACUAUCGAUAAUACCCCAAUUGCCACCAGCAGCAGUAGCACUACUCACCAACUGUUCUCGAGAUCAACCACUUUCGACAUCGUUUCGAUAAGAAAAGGACCAAGGUCGUUGAAAUUCUGGAUUCACAAGGACAAUCUAGAUGAGAUCAAAUUUCUCUUGUCUUCUGAAUUCAAAUUGAUCACCGAUGAUUCUUUAUUCACCAAAGAUAAGGGCCUCAAAAAUACACGGUCGUCCCUCAAUUUGCAAGAAGAUCUAGCAAAUAGCAAAGGCACAGUUUCAGGUGGACAACCCUUUAAAGAUCCUAGUGAUGAGUUUUGCCCCGAAACUGAUACUCUAUCCGUCUGGUUGAAUAACCCCUCUCAUCCUAUGUUUGUCCAAACUUCCCCUCUAAACAGCACUGACUACGAUAUCGAUUCCAUUGAUAAUCUUCAUGUUUUCAAGGCAAACCCGUACUCGCAAAUCCUGGUUUCAAACGCUUCUCCUAGUCCUGAUGAUAAUAGUGCCAAAAAUCCAAUAUUAAUCACUCCGGUUGGCGGUUUGAGACAAUUUUCAAUUGCAUCAUUGAAUAAAAAUUUGGUUGACAUUCUCUUCUACGACGUUCAAAGCAAAAAUACUUCGAUACUUGCUCUUGACGAAAGAAAGAAGAUAUUCGAGGAAGAAUGGUGCAAGGCUGACUUGAAGGGUAACAAACAGAUGAUGCAGCUCUCACUCAAUUGGGUUCUGGAAAACAAUGUCAAGCCUCUUGCCAGAAUCUCCAUGAAGAAAUUGCGCUAUAUCAGUUUGGAUAAGAAUGAGAAAAUCAACUUCUACAUUUCUUUGGAAUGGGAUAUCCAGGUGAACCGGACUAAUGCUGAUGGAACAGAAAAUCCACAGGUGGAUAUGUUUCCACAUGCUGUCCUGAAAAUCAAUUUUGAUGUCCCUGAAACUGAAUUCCCCGCUAGCAUAUCUUCCUUGAUAGAUAGCCAUUUAGUUUAUCGUGUUGAUAACUUCAACUUCUCCUUGAACAAUUACCUCAUAUCUUUGUUAAUUAAAAAUAAUCAAUCGACAUCGAUAUCUGAUGAAGAGAUGCUUUUAUUCAUUGCUCCUUGGCACACCAUUCUGACAGACACAGAUAUACGUCAGCUUCCUGAAGUUCGUGCGAAGUCGAUACCUUUCGAUAGGCAAGACAGAAAAGAUUCUCUUAACCCAGACAACGCGUUGGACACCGCUACCGAGGUCAAUAAGGGUAUACUAUUGAAUAAAGAUGACAUUGCUCCAAGCAAGCCUGGCUAUUGGAACGAAUUUGACAAUGGGUCUGAUUUCGGUGGCGAUGAUGAUGGAUUCUAUGUAUAUACUGACCACGACAAUGACAACAACUUUGGAGCUUUGGACUGGUUUUUCAAUCUGCUUACAGUUAGAUCCAGUGCAGAAAGAGAAGAUAUCGAGUCCAAUUAUGGUGGUGCAGGGUUGGAUUGGCUUUCUAAGGACAAAACCAAUAAAAUCCUGCAUUGGGCGGACAAUACAAGAGACUUUGGAUCUAUGCUGAAGGAAAAAAUUUUGGGCAUCCAUGACGACACAUACCAAGACGGAAGGGUCGAUGAAACUAGACCUUUGGUUCGCAGAACUCCCCGGGGAUUCUCUUUCAGCGGUACGGACGAUGCCUACAGUGCCGACGAAGAGGAUGAAGAAGAAUAUGAUAGCGAAACCGAAGCAAUGAUGAGGUUAUCAAACAAAAAAAGGUUUGGAACACUUGGCCUUAUUGAGAGGGAAAACCACGACAAAUGCUUAUCUUUUUUAUACAUGAUCAUGGUCGUGUUCUCGUUGGUGACAUCAUCGAUAGGAACUUUGAUUCUAUCUACAAUAUUUGGGAAGAGUCAAUUGCCUAAACCUCAAAUGACAGCAGGACUUUUAAUUUUGGUUGUUUUUGCAAUUGCCUGUCUACUUCUGAGUAUUAUUUUGUCUGGGUUCAGCAUCUGCUUGCUAUUGUGCAGAUAUAUACCAGCUCCAACCUGGCAUCUGUCAGCCGUUUGGGUGGGGACCCUUGUUGCAACAACUUUCUUUUUUUAUGGGAUUGUGACUUGCUUUUAG